AUGGCGCCCAACGAACCUUUAUUUGCCUCUGACCGGAGAGGAUCUUCGAUACAUUCAGAAGAGCAGGCUGCAGACGAAGAUACAGCCCUUCUGGGAAGCCAGGGGAAGAUCCCUCUCAGCCCUCGACAUCACUAUGGAUUCUGGCGAGAGCUUGGGUUGUUUACUUGGGCACUGCUAGCAACGGCAGCCGUCAUUGUGCUUGCUGUGCUAUCUCAGCACCACACAUCGCAACAAGACCACAAGAAGCCGAAACCUGGGGGAAAGCGGAAUCUCAUCUUUAUGGUGUCUGACGGAAUGGGUCCCGCCAGUCUUUCGAUGACCCGUAGCUUUCGACAGCUACAAGCCGGUCUACCCAUCGAUGAUAUCCUCGUCCUCGAUCAACACUUUAUUGGGUCUUCUCGAACAAGAUCAAGCAGCAGCCUUGUUACCGAUUCAGCUGCUGGAGCUACAGCCUUCUCAUGUGGUAUGAAGAGUUAUAAUGGCGCCAUAUCAAUGCUGCCAGACCAUACCCCUUGUGGAACCGUGCUCGAAGCCGCAAAAAAAGCGGGCUAUAUGACAGGCCUGGUUGUGACGACCGAUAUCACAGAUGCUACGCCCGCAUGCUUUGCCUCACACGUAAAAAUAAGACUGGAGGAGGAUCUAAUUGCCCAGCAAGAGGUCGGCGAGCAUCCACUCGGGAGAGUCGUUGAUCUCAUGCUUGGUGGUGGUAGAUGCCACUUUUUGUCUAACACGACGGAUGGGAGCUGUCGAGGAGAUGACCGAGAUAUUACAAAGCUUGCACAAGACAAAUAUGGCUGGACUUAUAUCGACAGUAGGGAGGAAUUUGAUGGACUCGAAUUGGGAAAGGCUGUGAAGCUUCCGCUUUUGGGGUUGUUUGCAGGUUCCGAUUUCCCUUUCGAGAUUGAUCGCCGGAAUAUGGAUGAUCUAUAUCCUUCGCUGGAUGAGAUGACAAGGACUGCUUUGAACGCCCUUGAAGUAGCCACGCAAGAUAGUGACAAAGGAUUCUUCCUCAUGAUUGAGGGCAGUCGAAUCGAUCACGCUGGUCAUGGUAAUGACCCUGCUGCACAAGUGCAUGAGGUUCUGGCCUACAAUCGAGCAAUGGCAAGCGUUGUGGAAUUCUUAGAUCGGUCAGAGGUCGAAGGCGUAUUUGUCGCGACCUCUGAUCACGAAACCGGAGGUCUUUCUAUUGCGAAACAACUGCACCCGCAAUACCCACAGUACAAGUGGUUUCCGGAAGUGUUGGCUAAUGCGACGCAUUCCUCUGAGCACCUAGCCCGGCAGCUCAACUCUCAUAUUAGCCAGGGUGCUCAAGGAGAUGACCUUAAGCAAUAUAUCACCGAGCUUGUUCAAAGUGGGCUGGGUAUUCAAGACGCUAGCGAUGGCGAGAUCCAGUUGCUGGUCGACCAGCCGCUACUUAGUGUUUAUACGUUCGCUGAUAUGAUCAGUCGAAGAGCACAAAUCGGCUGGUCCACUCACGGCCAUUCUGCUGUCGAUGUGAAUAUCUACGGCUCAGUUGGGACAGAUUCUUUGAGAGGCAACCACGAAAACACCGAAAUUGGGGAAUUUCUCAGAGAAUACCUUGAUGUCGAUGUUAAGGCAAUUACAGAUGAAUUGGUCGAGAAAUCGAAAACAUUCGGUGUUGCCACCACCACCGACCAGAGCUGGACCGGCCGAGAACCUACAGAACAGGAACUGUACAUGGUAGAGAGACAUUAUGAGCACCUCUAUGGUGAGGCUCCAUGA